AUGGACAACGUUCAGCACAGCGUCGCCGAGUCGACACCGCUUCUACAGCCCAACCUCAAUUGCGACAGAAGCCCUCCCAAGACGAACAAGGCCGAUGAGUGGCAGAAGGCAUGGCAGCGUCACCUUUCCCAGUGGUCAGCUCUGUACAUCUGCAGUCUGUUCAUCCUGCUCGUCGACGUCCCCAACUUCCUAAGCGAAGUCCCCAAGCUUCGUAUGCUCGAGCUUGGUCUCUGCCGUGAUUACUACGCUGCCACUGAUCCAAGCGUCAUCGGUCGCGAUGGCUCCGUCCCCGAGCAUCUUUGCAAGCUCCAUGAAAUUCAAAGCGCGCUCGCUAAAAUGAGAGGUAUUCUCGGCAUGAUUGAGGGUAUUCCUGGUCUCAUACUCGCUAUUCCCUAUGGCGUCCUGGCCGAUAGCAAGGGCCGUCGGUUGGUCACGGGCCUUAGUCUACUGGGCUUUGUCCUGAGAGACAUUUGGGCAUUUACUGUGCUCUACUGCCAUCGAGUAUUUCCUGUCCGUGCUGUGUAUGCUGCACCGGCUUUCUUGGUGCUGGGAGGGGGUUCUACUGUCAUCAGUCCCAUGAUUAUGGCCAUCAUUGCUGCUGCAAUCCCGGAGGCAUCAAGAACAAGGGCUUUUUUCUGGGUGCAGGUUGUCCUUCUCAUCACUGAGCUAAUUGCGCCACCACUUGGUGCAAUUCUCAUGAAGGCAUUAGGACCGCAUUUUGCUUUUCUGACAGCCGUCCCACUUGAAGCUCUGGCCUUUGUGGUGCUUGGAUUUAUCCCCAACACAAAAUCCUCCGACAGUGGCCCAAGCGACAUAGAGGGCACGGAAGGAGAAGAAUCCCCAUCUGCCAACGGCGAAUGUGAGGAAACUGUGAAUGAUGAAAACUCAUCAAAAAACAAGGUUCUACAAGCUCUAUCACACCUCUCACACAAUAUCCGACAUGGCGUUUGUACGUUGGGCAGUCAUAAAAGUCUCCUGGUCGGCCUUCUCGCGCUUGUUGUUGCAAAGAUGGCCCGGCCCAUGCUAGAACUCAUCUUGCAAUACAUGUCUGUGCGCUUCGGAUGGCCGCUGGCCAAGACGGCGUUGUUACUCUCGAUCCAAGCUGCGGGUCAGAUUCUGCUCUUUGCUAUAGUCCUACCGCAAGUCAAUGUCUGGCUCAUCAAAAGAAUGAAGACAUCUUCUGCUGCGAAUCUCGCUCUGACUCGAGUGUCAAUCAUCAUCCUUGCUGUUGGGUCACUCUGCAUGGGUCUAGCCACAGCUGUUCCGGCGUUCAUAAUUGCCUUUUUUGGAUACACGCUUGGCAAUGGCUUUUCAUCCGCCCUGCGAUCUCUCCUGACAACCAUGGUGCAUCCCAGUCAUCUGUCACUCUUAUUCACUGCAAUCGCCGUGUUUGAGGGUAUUUCAACUAUUGGCGCCUCGCCACUCCUCGGGCUGUCCUUCUCAGUCGGUUUGGACAUUGGGGGCAUGGUUGUAAGCCUGCCGUUCUUUGUUGCCUCGGUUCUUUAUGCCCUUGCUGCGGUGCUGCUUGUUAGUGGCAUGUCUACAGUCGUGCCCGCCUAG